AUGAUGACGCGGGACAAUCCAUGCACACCGUCGCCCCUUUCAGCCCCUCGCAGUUGUUCCCGCAAGGUGCAGUUUGGUGACUUGGCCGCAGCUGCUGCUCGCGUUUAUGUUGGACGCUGUACGGCCUGCGGGUUAGAGCGCCUACUCUCAGCCCAGGCUGGAACGAAGAAACUGCUUGAAGGCAGUGGCCUUCUUCACAACUCCGGCAAAGAGCAGAAACCUAUAUGUGCCAAUGCAGUGGCCUGCGAAUUUGUUGCCUCCAUCUCGAGAUCAUGCUUAUCACGCAUUCAGUCAGCACGAGCAGGGCAGGCUACUGCUGGCAUACAGCCGGCAGAAAGCUCUCCCCAAGACGCAUGCUCCGCCGUACAGGAGCUCUCUUGCAACUCUGCUUGUGUUGACAAUAUGGAGCCACAAGCUCCGCUGUUAUCCCAGGAAAAGCCACUUGAACACAGUGCAUCAUCAACGAAAUCGCAUCAGAGCCUUGAGGAGCCUCAAGCUCCUGCUAGUCCUACCAACUGUGGAAAUGCGAGUUGCAGUGUUGGUGGCCAGUCACAAGAAAUAAACAAUGACGAAACAAGGGACCUGCCACCAACUGAGGAGCUCGCGGGUUCGCGGGCGGGCGCGAUACGUGAUGAGAAAGAAGAGUGGAUAAAAAGUUACAUGCAACUUUCUGAGAAGCACAGAGACUUGUUCUACGAGCUAAUUUCCCUACUGUCAGAUGCCAAACUACCGCGCUGGCAAGUUAGUCUUGAGAGUUUUAACGCUUGCUUGCUCUAUUCAUUGCUUCCACCUGCACCUGUUCAGAGUGCAUCCAUGCAGCAGCAUUAUAGCUCAGGCAUUCCGUCAACUGCUGUGAUGGUGGCUGCUCAGCGUGACGCUCUCGGAUUGGCUAUCAUUUCCUUCCGGCGCGAGUACGAAAAGGUAGGAAGGAAAGCCUCUUUGUGGAGUCAUGACACAUCUCCAGAAGAUAAAUUUCCUAACUUCCAAGGUCUUCCAGGUUCUUUUGCUCUUUCUUAG